AUGACCUGCUCAUACAAUCGCGGCUUGAAUCAACGGCGUGGGUCUCCGCUCGUGGCUGAUCUGAACGUAUCACGAGUCUCUGAUAGUGAUGACGGUAGCUUUUCUCCACGCGCUUUGAGUAGCUCCUCUUCUGCAGCACAGCAGGCUGCUGUGGGCAGCGAUAUGCCAGCACCGAGGGCGCACAGUCACUCGCCAGUAGACUGGGUUAAUUGUGUUGACGAUGCUUCGGACUUCAGCAUGAAUCUGGUGCGCUUCGAUCAGGAGAUUGAUGCAUUCACCGAUUACCCGUGGAGCUUCAACAUGUCCACUCUACCACUUUUACCUCCCUUUGGUCUUGAGGGCGCACCGGACUUCAUGUUGGAAAAUUUCAAUUCCCAGAGCAUUGAAAGCGUCACCCAACGGCUCGGUCAGCCAACCCUCACUUCUUUAUCCUUGGAGCAGCUGGACCCGCUGUUCGCAAAAUGUGCGGCAAUCAAGGCCUUACUACGAGAGCCAGGGCUGGCGGUACCCGAGGGCAUCCUGACGAAUUCAAUCAAUCGCGAUAAUUUACUACUGGCUCUACAGCUCUUCAGCCAGAACUUCCAGCGGCAUAUCCCGUUUCUCCAUACUCCCACUUUUGACUUGGCGGCAGCAAACCCGCUUCUCGUUCUAGCCAUGUUCGUCGUCGGGGUCUGCUAUACCGACAUCAUUCGCCCCCCCAAUUACAUAUUCCCAAUGGCUAUACAAGUAUUCGUUCAUAUCGAGAGGCAGCAGCAUGAGAUUGACAUGACCGAGCCUGCUUUGUCUUCAAUCCAAGCAGGUAUCGCCGCUUGUGCGGUCCUUGGGAGCUCCCAAGACGAGACUGCCCACAAAGUUAUACCGUUAUACUUUGCACGAAUCGUCUCUAUGGCCAGAAGAGCCGGUAUUCUCGAUACGAGUCCUGUCGUUGACUACAGAACGCUGACCGAGGAGACGUUCGACUGGCAUUCGUGGGUCGAGCGCGAAACUCGCACUAGAAUUGCCAAUACCUUGUUUUGCCAAGAUAUGGCCAGCUGCAUUUUCAUGAGCAAGGCACCAGCUUUCGCACCUUUUGAUUUACACGUUGAACUUCCAAGUUACGAGAUCUGCUGGAACGCUCGAUCUGCUCGUGCAUGUCUGCAGAAUUUGCAAUCUAUACCUCCGCAGCGCAAGCUCUCGUCGACUCUUUCUCAACUCCGGAUACCAUCACCUUCGUCUCAGAAAGAACCACCUCUUGAAGUGUCCGCUUUUGGGAUGUUCACACUGGUAAAGGCACUGCAUUGUCUGGUCUGGCAGGCAACCCACCAUGACCUGGAUCGCCAAUUGGACGUCGGUCACCACAAUUCCGACGCGCCUCCGGUUUUGAAUAACCUGGACCAACAACUUGCCAGCGACUUUUCAGGGCCCAACGUUGUUAAACUGACAGCGCAGGUCGUCCACCGCGGAGGGGCGAGCACUUUUAGUAGCAUUAAUGAUAUGCUUGACAAAUGGCUCACCACCUGGGAGCAACGGACCUGGCACGACAUGGGGUUGGAGAAUAUUUCUUUUUCGCUUGAUCCACUGCCCUUCUGGCGGCUUGCCAAAUUAUUUUUACUUCUUCACUGUGGCAGGGAACAUUUCGCUAUCGACAGCGAGUUCUCAUCUUUAAACACCACAGGAGGAACAAUACAAGACAGCCAUGCCUCCCAGGCCAAGGUAUUUCUUUGGCUUGCUAGGCUACGACAGAAAAGGUCGGCCGAGCGAGUCCAAAAGGUGGACUCGUUGGCGAGUUUGAUGGCACCGAUCUAG